CUUUCUUUUUUACUUUUGCUUUUUCUUUUUUGGAAGUUCACGAUUUCGAAAUCCUCUCCCCCUCAAGCAUCUCUGUCAGCGACCCGCUCCGUCCACAAACAUCAACCUCAACAAGCCUCGACCAAGCUGCCCGCGAUUUUUCUCUCUUCUGCCUCCUUUACCCGACCUGAAUGCCACGAUAAACGAUCCGUAGCUCUGCGAUAGAGCUCAUCUCUUGCGGGCCAAUAGGUGUUGUCUUUUUGCCGGCUGAUUUUGCUUUGCUCUCUACUCUCCCACUCAGACGAUUCGACUGGUCGUUUCUGUCCGCCUGUCGAGCUGCGUUGCGCCCUGAUUGAUAGCGCCGCCACGAUCCGUCUUAGUCGUGAACUCUACCGGCCGGCAGCAUGACAGCCACGGUCGAAAUGACGCUGCGGCAACAGCCUCACGGCACCAUGGCGCUCGAGGACCGCUUUGAGGUGGUCAAGGAGAUUGGCGACGGCAGCUUUGGCAGCGUUGUCCUGGCUCGCACCCGAACCGCAGGCGCCGCCGUCGCCCGCCGAGGCACUCUUGUGGCCAUCAAGUCCAUGAAGAAGACGUUCGAGUCCCUCUCGCCGUGCCUCGAGCUGCGCGAAGUCGUCUUCCUGCGCACCCUCCCGCCGCACCCCCAUCUCGUCCCCGCUCUCGACAUCUUCCUCGACCCCUUCACCAAGAAGCUGCACAUCGCCAUGGAGUACAUGGAGGGCAACCUGUACCAGCUGAUGAAGGCCAGAGACCACAAGUAUCUCGACAACGCCAGCGUCAAGAGCAUCCUCUUCCAGAUCAUGCAGGGCCUCGAGCACAUCCACUCCCACAACUUCUUCCACCGCGACAUCAAGCCCGAGAACAUCCUCGUGUCCACCUCCGCCCACCAGGACACCUCCAACUCCUUCCGCCGAUACUCAGCCCUCGUCACACCGCCCUCGACCCCUCCCACAUACACCGUCAAGCUGGCCGACUUUGGCCUCGCCCGCGAGACGCACUCCAAGCUGCCCUACACCACCUACGUCUCCACCAGAUGGUACCGCGCCCCCGAGGUCCUGCUGCGCGCCGGCGAGUACUCGGCGCCCGUCGACAUCUGGGCCGUCGGCGCCAUGGCCGUUGAGAUUGCCACGCUCAAGCCCCUCUUUCCCGGCGGAAACGAGGUUGACCAGGUCUGGAGGGUGUGCGAGAUCAUGGGCAGCCCCGGAAACUGGUACAACAAGGCCGGCGCCCGCGUUGGAGGCGGCGAGUGGCGCGAGGGCACCCGGCUGGCCUCGAAGCUGGGCUUCUCCUUUCCCAAGAUGGCCCCCCACGCCAUGGACACCAUCCUGCAGACGCCCCAGUGGCCGCCUGCCCUGAGCCACUUUGUCACCUGGUGCCUGAUGUGGGAUCCCAAGAACCGUCCCACGUCGACGCAGUCCCUGAACCACGAGUAUUUUGCCGACGCCACGGACCCGUCACGGCCCAAGUCAUCGGCCUCCAAGAUCCUGGGACGCAAGCAGUCCGAUCUCAGCCGCACCUCCAAGGAGGGCCUGGCCCCUUCCAACUCCGUCUCCAAGCCGUCAUGGUUCCGCAAGUCCCUCAUCGGCCGCAGCGACAUCCCCGAAACCGUCGUCGUGGCCCCCUCUCAGCAGUCUCCCGUCCAGACGUCCAGCACGCUCGAUGUCUCUUCCGCCAAGCAAGCCGCCAAAGCCAAGCGGAGCACGUGGGCGAGUGGCUUGUCGGGAGUGGCGCCGAUGCCGAUUCUGCCCUCCAUCAAGCCCAUUUCGCCUCUUUCGGACGCAGUGACGGCGCGUGCCAACAGCAACGCCGACAGCCAGGACAAGAACAAGAAGCUCGGUCGACAACUCUCUGUCAACUCGAGCAACAACAACUACACCGAAAUGCACCGCGCCCAGGCCGAGCGUGCGCUGAAUGGCCAGUCGGGCCUUGCGUCUCCCCCUAGCGCGCACAAGGAAAGCUUCUUCUCUCACCUUCGCAAGCGGGCGAGGCGCUUCUCCGGGCGCCACCAGACCCCCGUUUCCCCUGCGUAUGACGACAUGGAGGCCCAGGUCGGAUGCGGGCCCUGGAACAGCAAUCGCUCCUCCAUGCUUGUCGACCAGCAAGUGAACCCCGUCCCAAAGGCCGAGGGCUUUGAGUCUCUGGACAAGACUCUCAGCGACGUUUCAGGCGCCGAGCCCCGCGUUCCCGUACCGCCAUCGCACCAGGCCGCCGGGAAGCUCAAGCGCCACCACUCGCUGCCCUACCAGCAGCCUAGGUCCGUCGACAACCUGAUUGGGGCUGCCCGAAACGGCCCUGUCUCGAGCCGUACCCGACGUGCCCAGGCGGCGCAAGGCGUCCAGCAGUACGAGGCCCCCGCCGAAGAAGACGAACUCCUCGACGAGGUCUUGACCUCUACCCAGCGGGCGAUGAAGCGCUUGGAGGGAAACGCCAAGUCGCUGCGACAAUCGGCGAGCAACCUGGGCUUGUCCACGUCGCAGCCGUAUCCCAGCCCGUCACCGUCGGCCAACAGCAACCAGCUGCUCUAUGCCGAUGGCGCCGAGGCCCUGGCACCGAAACCCCUAGAUCUCAGCAAGAAGACGGCCAACCAGUACAAGUGGCCCACCCCGCCAUACGAGGGUGGUGAAUGGAGCGCCUCGGCCUCUGCCAGCAUCUGGGCCGCCGGAAACCGUAUCUAAAGGAGAGGGAGAAGAACGACCUUAAUCUUUCUCGGCCGGACCCUUCCUCUCCCCCUCCUCUUUGUCAACCUUUUCUCCUUUUUACCACUUCUCUCGGACAUGUCGUUCAGCGGUGAGGCGGAGGAAAAAAGUUUUUAUUAAUAUGGCGUGUACUAUUUUUUCUUUUCUUUUCUUGCAUGAUACAUGGUGUUUUGGUGUUGGAUUGCGGCACGUGUUUCCUCGCUCAUUGAGCCUUGAGUCGACGGGUCGACCAUCAUAUCAAGUUUUUUCUCGAAAUUUCGGCUUGGGGUAUAAAAAUCUCGCUGUCUUUGGUUUGUUCUGCGCGUUAUUUCGGUUGGCACAGACACACACACACGUCGCACACAUUG